GCCGAAGCCCCGCUGGGACUCUAUGGUAGGCGUAGUGCGCACGCGCCUGGAGCCCUUCACGGCCGGCGUGAGCCGGAAGGCGGAUGCGGGGGGGGCGGCUUCCGGUGGGGAGGGAGGCUCCGCAUGAGGUGCUUUGCUGUUUUGACACUCACCCUAGCUGCAGCUUCCUCCCCUCUGUGCUACCCCGGGCAUGCGGGACUCGGGAGGGGACUGAAGAACUUCUUCAUCUCUGAAGAGCUUCCUGACUGAACCUAGUUUCCAAAGCUCUCCCAAACCCAUCUCUGGGAGACAGACCCUGCCAGAGUGGGGGAGGGGCCAUCAUGGCAGACACGCUGGAGUUCAACGAAAUAUACCAGGAGGUGAAGGGGUCCAUGAAUGAUGGGCGACUGCGGCUGAGCCGCCAGGGCGUCAUCUUCAAGAACAGCAAGACAGGCAAGGUGGACAACAUCCAGGCCUCAGAGCUAGCGGAGGGCAUCUGGCGCCGGGUGGCACUAGGCCAUGGCCUCAAGCUGCUCACCAAGAAUGGACACGUGUACAAGUAUGACGGCUUCAGGGAAUCGGAGUUUGACAAGCUGUCGGAGUUCUUCAAGUCCCAUUAUCGUCUGGAGCUGGCAGAGAAGGAUCUGUGUGUGAAGGGCUGGAACUGGGGGACCGUGAAGUUUGGAGGCCAGCUCCUGUCCUUCGACAUCGGGGAGCAGCCCGUGUUCGAGAUCCCGCUCAGCAACGUGUCCCAGUGCACCACGGGCAAGAAUGAGGUGACGCUGGAGUUCCACCAGAACGACGACGCCGAGGUGUCGCUCAUGGAGGUGCGCUUCUACGUGCCGCCCACGCAGGAGGAUGGCGUGGACCCUGUGGAGGCCUUUGCCCAGAAUGUGCUGUCCAAGGCAGACGUGAUCCAGGCGACCGGGGAUGCCAUCUGCAUCUUCCGGGAGCUGCAGUGCCUGACACCACGCGGUCGCUAUGACAUCCGCAUCUACCCCACCUUCCUGCACCUGCACGGCAAGACCUUUGACUACAAGAUCCCCUACACCACUGUGUUGCGCCUCUUCCUGCUGCCCCACAAGGACCAGCGCCAGAUGUUCUUUGUGAUCAGCCUGGACCCUCCGAUCAAGCAGGGCCAGACGCGCUACCACUUCCUGAUCCUGCUCUUCUCCAAAGACGAGGACAUCUCCUUGACCCUUAACAUGAAUGAGGAUGAGGUGGAGAAGCGCUUCGAGGGCCGACUCACCAAGAACAUGUCCGGCUCGCUCUAUGAGAUGGUCAGUCGGGUCAUGAAAGCGCUGGUGAACCGCAAGAUCACCGUGCCCGGCAACUUCCAGGGGCACUCGGGAGCCCAGUGCAUCACCUGCUCCUACAAGGCCAGCUCGGGGCUGCUCUACCCUCUGGAACGUGGCUUCAUCUAUGUGCACAAGCCCCCGGUGCACAUUCGCUUCGAUGAGAUCUCCUUUGUCAACUUCGCCCGUGGCACCACCACCACCCGCUCCUUCGACUUCGAGAUCGAGACCAAGCAGGGCACGCAGUACACCUUCAGCAGCAUAGAGAGGGAGGAGUAUGGGAAGCUGUUUGACUUUGUCAACGCCAAGAAGCUAAACAUCAAGAACCGAGGCCACAAGGAGUCCAUGCCGCAGACCUAUGAUGAAUAUGCUGACUCUGACGAAGACCAGCAUGAUGCCUACCUGGAGAGGAUGAAGGAGGAGGGAAAGAUCCGGGAGGAGAAUGCUGAUGACAGCAGUGAUGAGUCUGGGGAGGAGACUGAUGAGUCGUUUAACCCCGGGGAGGAGGAGGACGACGUAGCAGAAGAGUUCGACAGCGAAGUCUCUGCCAGUAGUGAUGGUGGCAGCGACCGUGAGGAGAGGAGGAAGCCAGCCAAGAAAGCCAAGGUUGUCAAGGAGCGCAAGCCCCGCAAGAAGCCAUCAGAGAGUAAGAAGGGGAAAGACCCCAACGCCCCGAAGAGGCCCAUGUCUGCCUACAUGCUGUGGCUGAAUGCCAGCCGCGAGAAGAUCAAGUCAGACCACCCCGGCAUCAGCAUCACCGACCUGUCCAAGAAGGCUGGGGAGCUCUGGAAGGGCAUGUCCAAGGAGAAGAAAGAGCAGUGGGAUCGCAAGGCGGAAGAUGCCAAGAGGGACUACGAGAAGGCCAUGAAGGAGUACAGCGAGGGCGGCAAAUCGGAGAGCUCCAAGAAAGAGAAAUCCAAGAAGAAGAAGCAGCAGCAGCAGCAGGGGAAGGGGAAAGCAGAGAGGAAAGCGGCACCGUCCAAGGCCCUAGCCACGUCCCCCGCCAAGCAGCUGGGCGAGAGCUUCAAGAGCAAGGAGUUUGUCUCCAGUGAGGAGAGCUCUGGUGACAACAAGAAGGAGGACUCGGAGGAGGAGGAAAUCGCCAGCACGCCCCCCAGCUUGGAGGACUCAGCUUCUGGCUCGGAUUAGAGCAACCCCUCCCCCUCCCUUUAGCCCUGCCCCUUUCCUGACUGCAUAGGUCAUAGGUCACAGAAUUGAGGCCUAGACACCCCCCACGCCUCCCCAAUGCCUCCACAUCCCUUCUGCCAGGGGCAUGGGCUGGAGGGGUGACGCGGCUGCUCCGUUGGCUAGAACCUGCCCUACUUCCGGACCUUCCCUGCCCCCUCCUCUCUCAUGGAAUUGCAGGACCUGGGCUGAACUCUGGAGAAAGACAGAGGGUGCUAGAGAGCAGGGGAGGGGGUGCACCCCUCCUUUCUCUCCAUGCUGUGGGAGCCCCCUGUGUUCUAUCAGGAAGCCCUCCCAGCAACGGGGGUGGGUGGGGGUAGCCCGCAGGCCCGGCAGGGGGGAGCUAGCUGGCUGGGAGGGGUCCGUCCCUUGGCCUGUAGUCGGGCUCUAUCGGUGUUUUUUAUGUUCUGUUUAUUUUUGUAUUUCUGAUCUGUUCACGCGGCAAUUGGAUGGAAUAAAAACCAAGUGACUUUG